AUGCGGAGUAUCGUGAAACAGCGCCCAUGGGCUCUAGCAGCUCUCAUAGUUAUCAUUUUUGCGAACUCGGCUAUGCCGCAACCAGUUCCGAUCGGGGUCCAAAUUGCAGAGCACAAGUUGGUGACUCGUUGGAUCAGCGCCCAUGGGCAUGAAGAUGAAUCAAUGAAAUAUCAUACCACCCGACAUACUACUAAGCUCACCAAGGACAGCAAAAGCAAUCCAUCUUUUGCCCGGAAGCAAUCAGGACUCAAUCCACUCAUAAAACGUAAAGCCUCAUCCGACGAGACAAUCAUCUCUGCUCUGACCCCGGCAAUUCCAUCACCAGGGUCCUCAAUCAACGAUUUCACAAGGCUCCACAGCCUCGAUCCAGAGACACAUGAUCAACUAAGCAUCUGGAUGCACGAGACAGAGAUGGCCAGCAUCGAUGUGCAGGAAUCAUCCAUCUUGCAUCUGAAAAACGGCUUCCGUCCACAAUCACCAUUCGAAGAUGCCGAGAUAUUCAUGGCAGAGGCUCAACACCGCGAUGAAUCGUUGAGUCAGCACGAGACCUCUUCCGGAUCCUUAUCGUUUCUACCUUAUCUGAUUGUACUCGCUUCGUCGAGGGGUGCACCAGCGACAAAGUGCCUACCUCGGUUCUCGGUCGUCGGGGCCUUGGACAUAGUUGCCAUUUUACUUGGGGUAGUCUGGAUUGUGAUUUUGAUGGUUGGGCUGGUGGAACUGGUCAUUUGUCUGUGCAGUGGAAAGAGGCGAGUAGUUGCGGCUGAAAGGAUGAUUCAGGAGGAUGUUGACGUGAGAGUGACCCCUUUAUCUGAGGUUGAUGUUGAGGUUGAAAGUCAAGCAGAAAAGACAAUACGCGCUCGAAUAGAUGGAGUGACGGGGGCAAGUGCUUCGCUUGAAAGUGGGAGACCUUCAUUGCGAGUGUGA